GGAAAAGAGUCUUGCACAAGUUUCGAUUGAGUGUAGCUCGUCCUGGGGCAACAGCGAUCGCCAGUGUUUAGAUUUCCCCCCGUGUUUAUUAUUACCCGUCCAUUUGAUUACCAGCACGGUGCUUUUUGUUACCCCUUUCAGCUUCAAUUAGCUAUUUAGCGACGUAAUUAAUUGAAUACGUGACCUUCUACACAUAUAAUGAUGAAGAUCACCGCCAUCAUAUUCUGCACCUUGUCCGUUCUGGUGGCGAAAAGCGCCGCCGACUCUGAUCCGACAACGUUCCGCGAACCGGACGCUCCCAUGAGUGACGACGCCGCGGUUGAUCUCAGUGGCAUCGCCCUCGGUAAUGCCGAUCCGGAUAACGAAAUACCUGGCGAACCUUUGACUCCAGCCGACUUCAAUAACGCCAAAAAAGUCUCCAUGGAUCCACCUCCCCGUGACAAGUUGGGGGGCGAUCCCAUCGAGAUUGCUGGGCUUUUCGAAGGUGAUAUUGCUGGCGUCUCGAGUGCGGACAUGGCCAUUGGCAAGUCCUUUAAGCUGGGCAAAUCCGGGGCUAAACCAAUGGGCAAAAAUGCCAUUAUUGACAUGAAUCUCCGCUGGCCUUCUAGUACCAUUCCCUACGUUAUUUCGGCCUCCUUCGCCAUGAACGACCGGAGCGUGAUCGCCAGAGCCAUGCUCGAGUACCAUAAUAAAACCUGCAUCCGAUUCGUUCCACGGACCAACCAGCGUGACUACGUCCACAUUAUGCCCGGAUCAGGGUGCAGCAGCAAUGUCGGACGCACCGGUGGCGCUCAGCCCGUCUCCUUGGGAAGCGGUUGCGUCUACGUGGGCAUCGUCAUUCACGAACUGAUGCACGCCGCCGGGUUCUGGCACGAGCAGAGCAGAGGGGAUCGUGACGAAUUCAUCACCAUCAAUUGGGACAAUAUUAUCGACGGAAUGGCCUACAACUUUCAAAAGUAUAACCUGGACCGGAUCCAAUACCUCGGUGCACCGUACGACACAGGUUCCGUUAUGCACUACGACGCUUUCGCCUUCGCCAAGAACCGCGAACGUCCCACCAUCAUUACCAAGAAGCAAGGCACUGAGCUGGGACAGAGAAGAGGAUUCAGUGACGUUGACGUCAUGAAGCUGAACAAACUUUACGAGUGCGGCAAAAACGGCGGAGUGUCGACGGUAUCCACCACAAUGGCCCCACUUGUGUCAACCGAAUUGCCAGGUAAAUGUGAAGACAGCCAUAAGCAUUGCAAAAUCUGGUCGGCGACUGGCGAGUGUGACAAGAACAAAGCCUGGAUGAGCGUGAGCUGCCGAAAAUCGUGUAAACUGUGCGGAGUGGAUUGCGACAACUUCAACGUCUACUGCGAUCAAUGGGCCAAAACGGGCGAGUGUGACAAGAAUGCCGACUACAUGAAGCUUUACUGCAGUAAAAGCUGCAAAUUCUGCGGAUCAGCAGCUUCCAGCGCGGCAUGCGUCGACCAUAAUCGAUACUGCGGAGCUUGGUCGGAGCGCGGCCAGUGCAAGGCCAAUGCCGAUUACAUGAAGUUGAACUGCAAGAAAUCUUGUGGACUGUGUUAACUUUUUCCUCCAUGUUUGUAUGGCACAUACAACUGCUAUUAUUAUAUGCGCAUAAUCGGGUUGGUGUAGGGUACCGGGGCAAAUUUUUUGACGGGAUUCGUCGGUUUAUUUGGAUCUGUCUGUCUCCCACUCCCCCGCUCAUGAUAUCUGGUCUACUGGUGCAUUCAAAAGAUCGUGAUCGAUUCAUACGUAAAAUAUCAAAAUUCCCUGAAAUUCUUAAUGGUAUAUUCAUGUCUUCUAGUUCUUGACGUAUAUGUAGACUGACGAUGAUACGCCGAAAUCUAUUAAAGAUCAACAAACUUGGACGACAGACCUACAAAUACUAUAAGAAGGAUUCGCUGGUCUGAUGCUGAGACACAUUUGAAACUUUUGAUAUUUUCGACUGUAGAGUCGUUCCAUGAAUUGGGAUUGUGCGGUGAUGGGGUUUGAUCGAUUAUAUAAUACACAUACACGAACACAUA